CGUUAGCCAGCAGCCGGUCUUCUCAACGGAUGCCCGGUUGAAAACAGCGCAUCGAGACGCGUGCAAUAACCUACUGCAAACCGGGCGAGGACACGGCUCAUACUGGUGGGAGUCGGAAGCGUUUUGAACCGGUGGUACAUGUAGAUUAACUGUGACACUGCAAGAUGAUAAUUUGUAGUUCUUAUCCGAUGGGAGCGCACCGGUAUCCGUCGCCGGGAUUGCAUCUGCACCGGAGAGCGGUUUCCUGAGUGGGGGGGUUGUUGAAAGCCUGUUUGUGGCAUGAAGACCCGACCUGCAGGGAUCGGCAAUGCUAAUGCCGACUGGAUGGGCUCGCUGCCCCCCAAGCUCAGUGCCAUGCCCCUCAAGCACAUUGCAGUGCCAGGGUCUCAUGAUUCUUUCACCUACUGGGUGGAUGUGCAUGCUCCUGUGGGACCCGACCAGAAGGCAUAUGUGAAAUACCUCGCCACCAUGUUCAGCGUCAUAGCUAAGAAAGUCAUGGUGAAGUGGUCCAUGACCCAGAAUCUGACAUUUAAAGAGCAGCUGGAUGCAGGAAUUCGCUACUUUGAUCUCAGGGUCUCCUCCAAACCGGGCGAGGCUGGGAAUGAGAUCUACUUCAUCCACGGCCUGUUUGGCCACAAGGUGUGCGAUGGCUUGCUAGAAAUUAACUCCUUCUUGAGCAGGCACAGGAAAGAGGUAGUGUUUCUAGACUUCAACCACUACUACGCGAUGGGCCCAGAGCAUCAUGUGUACCUCAUCAACAUGCUCCAGGAAGUGUUUGGCAGCAAGCUGUGUCACAACUGUGCAGUGGAGAGCAUCACUCUGGACUACCUCUGGCAGAAGAAACAUCAGGUGAUUGUGUUCUACCAUCAUCCAUCAGCUCAGGGCAUCCCUGUCAUGUGGCCUGGCAACAAGAUCCCUGCUCCCUGGGCGAACACCACCGAACCCGACAAACUCACACAGUUCCUGGAAACUACGCUGAAAGAAAGGGCCAAGCAGGGCUCCUUCCAUGUGUCUCAGGCCAUCCUCACACCCAGGGUUAACACCGUGGCCAAGGGCCUGGUCUGGGGGCUGCGCAACUACCUGGUGGAGAAAAACCUGCCGACCAUCAUUUCCUGGGUUGAGGCUCAGAGGCCAGGGGUGGAUGGGGUAAACAUCAUCACCUCUGACUUUGUGGAGCUCACUGACUUUGCCAACAUAGUCAUCAAACUCAACAACCUGCUGUUGUCUGAACAGGGCCGCAAACCAAGAUGACAUAUGUUUGCACAACAGGACAAAUGUGCGCUGACCCACAGAGUGGUGGAGGUCGCAGGUCAGAGGUCAGAUUCCUCCACCAUUGUUGGAUAAUACUUACGUAAUGCUAUGAAAUAACUUUAAAUAAUAAUGUAUUAUUUUGCUUUGUGACUUUAAUAAGAAUUUUUUUCAUCAGCUAGAAAAUGGCUCUUUCUUUAGCUGACCAAGUUUCUUAGUCUUGCUCAAGGACACACAUAGAUAGAUACUGUGUGAUCCAGGGACCCUUGAAUGGCCCUUGAAUGACAUAAAACCUUUGAACUUUUUGGAAUUUUGAACGUCACUGCUUUGGAUGCAGCCGACUCUCUCAGCCCCCAAUAUCAUGCACACAAAGUCCAAAAGAGGGAAAGAAGCUGGUGCUCAGAUCACAGAGCAUGCCCAGUGGCAUUUUUACCAUCAUCCUGUCAUACCACAGCUCUGGCUUCAUGUCUGGAUUAAUCUUCCUGCGUUUCCUUUUGGGGGAAAUAAUGGAAAUAUACCACACUGGUACUAUCAAAUGGCGGAGCAGCAAGGUCACCAUGACGAAAGAGACUCACAGGAAGCUGUGACCUGGACAAGGAUCAUAUGACUCAGAGAUAUCACUUAUACGGUUCCAAGAUCUUAAACAUUAAAAUAGCUGUCAUUCUUUAAAAUGUUCCGACCACAUCACAGAUUCGUUUUUGCCAAGGGGGAAGCCCUAAUCCGAUAUUACAUGAUUAUUUUGAUUUUUGUUGUAUGUAUAGAUAUUUAAGUUAUGGCUGCAUCAAAACUUCAGGUAUUUUAACCCUUUGAAACCUGAGCAAAUCGGCUUGAUUUCUUUCAAAAAUAUGGGAAGAAGGCAAUGAGCAACGAAAAAAGAAAUGACCCAAAAAAAUUCCCCCGAAAAUUA